AUGGACGCCAUGGGAUCCCAUUCCCGCCUGCUCGGUCCCUGCCUGCCCUCACCGACGGGCAGGUGCGCCGAUGCCCUCGGUUGUGGUCCGCGCCUACGAUGUUCAUUGCCCGGCCGGCGGCCACACGGGCUCCUGCGCGCGAUCGACGCAGCCGCCCCCGCGAGGAGCGCAGGGACGCCGGUCCCGCUCGACGACCCCAAGGCCAGGGCGUUCUCCGACUGGGCGGCGUCAUCCGGUGUGAAGCUCCCCAAGCUGUCCCUGGCGACUUUUGAGGGCGUCCGGGGGAUGAUGGCCACUGCGGACAUCGCUGUGGAUGAUGCGACGGCAUCCGUGCCUCGAGGCGCGGUGAUCGCGCUGGAGCCGAGGGCCAAGCGCCCGGAGUGGUGCGCGGAAGAGGUGUGGCGCGAUGCACCCUGGUUCGUGCGGUUGGCACUGAUGCUGCUCAGAGAGAAGGCCCUGGGGGCGGAGUCGGCCGUCUGGGGCUACGUGGCGUCCCUGCCCGACGCGAUUGACACGCCGAUCUGCUGGAGCCCGGAGGAGGUGGCCAUGAUGCAGUACCCGCCCAUGGCGGAGGCCGUCCGGGAGCAGGAGGCACAGUGGGAUGGGCUGUACGCUUCGGUGGCAGCGGCGAAGAUGGGCAUCCCCGUGGGCAGGGAGGACUUCAUGUGGGCCCUGGCGUGCGUGCGCAGCCGGUGCUUCAGCGGGCCGUUCAUCGGCAGCACGCUGGGGGACAGGCUCAAGGUGGCUGCGGCUGUGGGGUUGCUGGCCUGGGGCAACGUGGUCUUCGGAUCCAGCUCCCUGGAGACCACCCUGAACGCCGUGAUCGCCGUGGCUCUGUUCAACAUCCUGUACGAGGUGCUGCUGUCCGCCGCGGCCAAGGUGUACGUCCUGUGCCCCGGCGUGGACCUGAUGAACCACGCCUGCCGCCUGCGGACCGACCUGUCCUACGACUACUUCCGCGACGAGUACAGCGUGCUGGCCGGCGAGGCCCGCCAAACGGGCCAGCAGGUCUUCAUCAGCUACGGCGAGCAGUCCAACGACGCGCUCAUGCAAUUCUACGGCUUCGUAGAGGCGGACAAUCCCGAAGACACCUACAUAAUCGCGAACAUGGCCACCCAUGUGGGCGGCCACCCGCUGAUGAGAAAAUCCGGGCUUGAUCGGAAAAAACUGGAUGGCUUGAGGGACCUCAGGGAUGUGGCGGUGCGCAGGGAGGGGUUCCCUGAGGCCACCCUGCAGGCUCUGCGGGGGGUGCUGGGAUCAAUCGGCAUCGAGGGGGGCCGCGUGGAGGCGGAGCUGCAGGGGCUGCUUGCUCAUGCGUGCUCCGAGGAGAUGGCAUCAAUGGGGACGUCGCUGGAGGAGGACGUCGCGAGGCUGGAGGCGGAGGCCGGGGAAGGGGGGAGGGCGGAGUGGGCGUUGAGGUUCCGGAUCGAGAAGAAGCGGGUGCUGGCGGCGUGCCUGGGCAGGCUGGGGGGAGGCGGCCGGGCGGCUGGAGGGUUUGGGGACGGCUGA